AUGCAGCCUCCAGAGGGUGCGCAGGUAGACCUGGGCAAGGCCCAGGUUAUCGACAGUGUUCCUAAGGUGAUCAAAGAAUUGAAAUUCGGUGUCUUAACCAACGAUGAUAUUGUCGGCCAAGCAGUGGUCGAAGUUUCCGACAGAAAAUUCUUCGAUCUCGACCAGGCGCGCACAGUCGUCUCCAAUGGACCUCUCGAUCAACGUAUGGGUAUUUCGAACAAAACUGACGCUUGCGCAACAUGCGGAAACAACCUCAAAGACUGUAAUGGUCACUUCGGUCAUGUGAGACUGGUUCUUCCAUCUUUCCACGUCGGAUAUUUCAAGCGCGUUAUCUCGAUUCUCCAGGAGAUUUGCAAGGAGUGCUCAAAUAUCUUGCUUCCCGAAGCGGAGCGCCGGAGUUAUCUCCGUGAGAUGCGCCGACCGGGUCUUGAUAAUCUUCGACGAAACCAAAUCGUUAAGCGCAUUAACGAGCGGUGUCGGAAAACCCGCGAAUGCACAUACUGUGGAGCGAUCAACGGUGUGGUGAAGAAGACCGGAACCAGCGCUUUGAAAAUUACCCACGACAAGUUCCGUGCAUUCAAUGCCUCGACCUCGGUGAAGAAGCAAACCCCGAUCAGUAAAGAUGUAUUCGACAACUCUUUCCUCGAGGCCCGAGGCGCCAACCCGGAGGUGGAAAAGCACUUCAAAAAGGCCCAGGACGAUAUGAAUCCUCUUCGCGUGCUGAAGCUGUUCAAGAAAAUGGCCGACUCCGAUUGUGAACUCAUUGGCAUGAACCCAAAGGAAGCCCGCCCGGAGAUGUUUUUGUGGCAAUUCAUCCCGGCCCCUCCUGUCUGUAUUCGACCUUCGGUUGGCCAGGAUGGUGCUUCUACAGAGGACGACCUGACUGCUAAACUGGGUGAUAUUGUGCAGAGCAAUAUCAACCUCAAGAAUGCUUUGCUCAAGGGCGCUCCGGUUCAAACAAUCAUGGAAUGUUGGGACUACAUGCAGCUUCAGAUCGCCGUCUACAUCAACAGUGAUGUCCCUGGCCUCAACAAGGCAGAUCUUGGAAAACCGAUCCGAGGCUUUGUGCAGCGACUGAAGGGAAAGCAAGGUCGUUUCCGUGGUAACUUGUCUGGAAAGCGUGUCGAUUUCUCUGGUCGAACUGUCAUUUCCCCCGAUCCCAACUUGCGAGUCGAUGAGGUUGCAGUCCCAGAGCUGGUAGCAAAGAACAUGACCUACCCGGAGCUUGUGACCAGGUAUAACAAGGAGAAGCUGCAGCAGAGAAUUAUCAACGGUAGCAACAAAUGGCCCGGAGCAAAUCUUAUCAUCAAGAAAGGAACCGGCUUCAAGCAGAUGUUGAAGUACAGUAACACUCAGUGGAUGGCCGAUCAGCUACAGGAAGGUGAUAUCGUCGAGCGUCACAUUGAGGAUGGUGAUAUCGUCCUGUUCAAUCGACAGCCUUCUCUGCACAAGCUCAGUAUUCUAUCCCACUUUGCAAAAGUGCGCCCUCACAGAACUUUCCGACUGAACGAGUGUGUCUGCAAUCCUUACAACGCCGAUUUCGACGGAGACGAGAUGAACUUGCACGUUCCGCAGACAGAAGAAGCACGAGCAGAGGCUAUGGAACUCAUGGGUGUGAAGAACAACUUGGCCACGCCUAAGAACGGAGAGCCGAUCAUUUCCGCUAUUCAGGAUUUCAUCAGUGCCGCCUAUGUUCUCAGCAGCAAAGACAACUUCUUUGAUCGUGCUUCUUUCUCCCAGAUCUGUCUGUACAUGCUUGGUCCUGAGACAAGAUUCGAUCUUCCUCCCCCUUCCGUUUUGAAGCCUCAAAUGCUGUGGACAGGAAAGCAGGUGUUCAACAUUCUUAUGCACCCCAACAAGUCCGACCCUGUUCUGGUGAACUUGGACGCUGCAUGCCGUGAGUUCAAGCAGCCCAAAGAUGGCCGCCCCAAGGACUUGGACCCCAACGAUGGCUGGUUGGUCAUUCGCAACUCCGAGGUCAUGUGCGGUGUUAUGGAUAAGUCCACGAUUGGUUCUGGAAAGAAAGAUAACGUGUUCUACAUUAUGCUCAGAGAUUACGGCCCACCUGCCGCAGCUGAGGGCAUGAACCGUCUAUCAAAACUGUCAGCUCGGUGGUUCACAAACAUCGGUUUCUCUAUCGGUAUCGGAGAUGUCUACCCUAGCGCGGGUCUUGUCCAGUCGAAGAACGACCUGGUUGAAGCAGCGUACGCGGCUUGUGACGAAGUCAUUGCCAAGUACAAAGCGGGCACUCUUGAGAAGUACCCUGGAUGUGACGAAUUGCAGACAAUGGAGAACCAACUCUCAGGUAUUCUCAGUAAAGUUCGUCAACAGGCCGGUGACGAAUGUAUUCAGCAGCUCAGCAAAUACAACUCGCCCCUGAUCAUGGCCACUUCCGGCUCCAAGGGUUCCAGUAUCAACGUGUCCCAGAUGGUUGCCCUUGUCGGACAACAAAUUAUCGGUGGUCAGCGUGUGCAGGACGGUUUCCAGGAUCGUACCCUGCCCCAUUUCCCCAAGAACGCACGGCAGCCUCCUUCCAAGGGUUUCGUACGUAACAGUUUCUUCUCUGGUCUGGAACCCCCAGAGUUUAUUUUCCACGCUAUGUCUGGUCGUGAAGGUCUGGUCGAUACAGCCGUCAAGACUGCCGAGACUGGUUACAUGUCUCGUCGUCUGAUGAAGUCCCUCGAGGAUCUUUCGUCGAUGUACGAUGACACGGUUCGUAACUCGUCUGCUGCUAUCGUUCAAUUCCAGUACGGUGACGAUAAGUUGGAUCCCGUGGAUAUGGAGGGUAAAGCCAAACCCGUUCAUUUCGAUCGGACAUUCAUCCACUCCGAAUCAACAACCUACAAUAAUGACGAGCCAAGUCUUCUGCCUGCUGAAAUGAUGGAGGUCUGUGAGAGCAUGCUUGAAAAGGAGCGUGCUAAGCUCACCCGCAAAGAUUUGCUUGGCAACUCUCUUGGAUACAUGGAUCGCAGUGACCACGGUAUUGACCAGUUUGAGAGUGCUCGUGACUUCCUUGACUCGAUUCAGGAAUACGUGCAAAAGAGGGCAGACAGGCUUGUCUCUCGCGGUGGAGACUAUGACCCAUCUGACAUCCGGAGCCGAAAGGCCCUGGAUCACACGGGCAAGUUGACAGAAACUACACUGCGGGCUUUCAUCACCGCCUGUCUGUUGAAAUACAAGAAAGCUCAAGUCGAGCCCGGUCACGCCGUCGGUGCUGUCGGUGCCCAGUCUAUCGGUGAGCCGGGAACGCAGAUGACACUGAAGACUUUCCAUUUCGCCGGUGUCGCUGGUAUGAGUAUCACUCAGGGUGUUCCACGUAUCAAGGAAAUUAUCAACGCCUCGAAAGAAAUCAGUACUCCGGUCGUUUCUUGCGAACUUGUUACCCAAGACAGUACCAUCGCCGCACGUAUUGUGAAGGGACGAAUCGAAAAGACUUUCCUGUCUGAUAUCAUUCACUCCAUCACAGAUGUCUGGACCAAGGAUGAUGCUUAUAUCAAGGUGGUCAUCAACUGGAAGACUAUUGAGGACCUCUCGCUUGAGAUCACGACGCCCCAGAUUGUGCAAACCAUCAAGACGCACAGGCGUUUCAAGGCCAGUGAUCUCAAGUUCUCUUACAAGCAAUCUUCCAUCAAGAUUCACGUGGAUCUUGACCCGGCCACCAAGGCCAGCCUUUCCAAAACAGAGAUCGCAGCCACAAGCAGUGAUCCCUUCCUACGUCUGAAGCACUUGAAGCGCCAGCUUCCCGGCAUCCAGGUUCUGGGUCACCCGCGUGCCACCCGCGCUAUUAUCCGCACGGACGAGAAGUCCGAAAAGAACACACUGCUCGUUGAAGGCUAUGGCCUGAGAGAGUGUAUGACCACCAUGGGUGUGGAUGGUUACAGAACCAGGACCAACAACAUCAUGGAGGCCCGCGAUGUCCUGGGUAUCGAGGCAGCCCGAAGCACAGUCGUGACAGAAAUUAGCGAGGUCAUGAAGGACAUGGACAUCGAUCCUCGUCACAUGCAACUUCUGGCUGACGUGAUGACCUACAAGGGAGAAGUGCUGGGUAUUACUCGAUUCGGUCUUGCGAAGAUGCGUGACUCAGUCCUUCAACUUGCUUCCUUCGAGAAGACGGCCGAUCAUCUGUUUGACGCUGGUGGCCUUGGUCGCACCGAUUUGAUCGAGGGUGUUUCAGAAUGUAUCAUCAUGGGCAAGACGGUGUCAUUGGGUACGGGUGCCAUGGAGAUUGUGCGAAAGCUCAACUUCUACGAGGGCCAAAUCGGGCCCCGGAAGACGGUCUUCGAGGAUGUUUGGACCGAGCACUGCGAGGCGCCCUUAGCUCGGCGACCCAAGAAGAAGGUCCGGUGA